UUUCGUUUAAAUUUAGUCAGUAACAUAUUUAAAAUAAACAUAUGUUGUAAAGUGAUUAUUAACUGUACUCUUGGUUAAAAUAUUUGCAUUUGUAAUUUUUUCCAAAAGUCGUUGUCUACUUUAGGACCUUUUAAGCCACCGUAGUUGUUGAUUGGGAGUUUCUGUCAUGGCCGUCAUGAAAGUGUUUACCAAAGGAUUUUUGAAUAAGUUCGCGUAUUAAAUUGCAUAAAUGAAAGGAAAUGGCAGCGGUUUUCCUGGUGACCUUGUAUGAGUAUUCCCCACUAUUUUACAUUAGUGUGGUUUCUUUGUGUUUCGUUGUUACCGCCGCCAUGGUGCUCGGCUGGUUUGGUUUUGAUGUCCCAGUGAUCCUGCGCAGCUCUGAUGAGACAGAGUCCAUCCUACCAACCCCUGAAAAGCAAAUGGUUCAGGUGACCAAUCCCUUCGCCCUGGAGAUGUGCUCUGGGCCAGUAUCAGUCACUGAUGGUGUAUUGGUGAGGGCUUGCUGCUUGGAGCCCUGUAUCCUGAGCUGUUUCUGGGGCUGUGAGAUUGGUGCCCUGCAGGGAGCGUUGCAGGCUCACCAGCAUGGCCCAAGACUCAGCACCCCCCAACAUUUCCAGGAGGCCUUGCACUUCCUCUACUACUACUGCCAGAGCUUCCAUAUCAGCAGUGAAGACAGAGAGGGGCAUCACACACAGAUUCCAGCCGACCAGGGGAUCACAGAUUUUGGGCUGUUGCCGAGAGAACGCUACCCUCUAGUGGCUGUGCUGACACUGGCAGAGCCAGAAGCCAGGGACACAUACAACAUAGUGGCCAGUGUGACAGUUAUUCAUGUUCCUGAUGACAAAUACAGCCUGUCUGCAAGGAUCCUAUUUCAGUACCUUCUCACCUCACAAGGGAACAUGUAUGAGUUAAAGCCUCUCUUCAUGUCAGCUGGCAGUGAGGGGACAUCCGGGCCCCCUGAACCAGACCAGAAUACCCAACCCGGUGAACCCAGCGAGGAAGAGGCCAGCAUGGUGGAGCAGGUGCUGGAGGAGGAGGAGGAGGAGGACUGGUCAGAGGGGAGGGGCAGAGACUGUGUGGUCUGUCAGAAUGCAGCAGUGAACAGAGUGCUGCUGCCCUGCAGACAUGCCUGUGUGUGUGACAGCUGUGUGUCUCACUUCCAGCACUGCCCCAUCUGCAGGGCCUUUGUCCUGGAGUCCUUCGCCCUGGCACAGGGUGCAGCUGCUGCAGAGCAAUGACUCCAUGUACAACAAGAGAAUGUUCACCCAGAUGAUGUGCAAUGAGCCAGUGAAUUAACUUCUAAAUACGGUAAUACCUGCAAGACCCUAAAUAAUGAUUUUAUAUCAAACCUCCAUGAGUAAAAAAAGUUCAGCUGGACUGUAGAGAUAGCAAAAUCUGUAGAUACACUGCAGCAACUGCAACAAUAUAAAAAAAAACUCCAUAAGACUGUCUCCAGCAUUUAACCAAUGGUCAAACAUUUUGAGAUCUAUGAAUAAAACAAGAAGGAGAGAAGAUUCAUCUCUUUCAGGCUGCAGGACAAGUUUGUCAGUGAUAAAUGAGCACCAUCCUUCCUACUGCACGUGCCAGCAGAGAGAUAAUAAUUGAAUGUGGUAGUGUGGACUGUGAGGCUGUCUACAUAUGAUUACUGUCCUUAUUCCACUCUACAUACUGUAUACAGUACUAAUCUAUACUGUUAGUAUACAAGAAAUCAACAUAUUUAACCAUUUUAUACUAAUAGGACACAUUACAAUACAUUUGCUAUCAGACACCAGUUGCUGCCGUCAGUUGAAACUCAAAGAGAAGUGAUUUCGCAUAUUUUGGGGGGGGGGGGGUUUACAGCAUCUUUUUGGAGCCGUUUUACCACCCGCAAUUCAUUCUGCAUUUUUUGCAGCUGUGUGUGCAACAGAAACAACACUCAAAAGUGUUUUUAAGUCUGCAUACCGACAACUUGGAAUCAAGAUACAGCUGCAGUUUUCCAGCGGAGCGGGCGAUGAUGCUCAGUCUCACAGCAGCAUUGCCUGGUUGUUGUUGCACCACUUUUAUUUUAUCCCACAUUUGAACAGUAACUGUGUUUGCUGCUGACCUGUCAUUGUCCAUUUUUUUUUCAGUAUGAAUGUAACUGUUCUCAUACACAGCAGAUCAUUUAUAUGAUGUAUAACUCAACAGCAGAGAAAUCUUCUGCAAACAGAGGUUAGAAACAUCCUUAACAUCCCUCCCAGCUCAGCUGCAACAUGUUGUUUCAAUGGUUAAGGAUCUACUGCAGUGUAGCAACAAACAGACACAACAUCUCCAUAGUUACACUCAUAGAAACACAUGUACUGUUUCAUGUAUUAUGGUUACAGGGCAGCUAAACUGUUUAUGUGGAAGUUUCAUUAAGUUACUUAAGCUUGUAAUGAUUUCAUGAAAUGAACAUGAAAUAGAAGUGAUGAUGAUGAUGAUGAUGAUGGUUUUUGUUGAUAGGUAUAUUAUGAACUAGAUGAUACACAGGCACUGAACCAAGUACAGGAUGUUCUGCUGCAACAUUCUGUGAACGAGUUCAGAGGAAGAAGAGAAGUUGUUUUCCUGUUUGUAAAGAAUAUAGAUAACAAAGAUUUAGUGAUAUUUUCAUGUACAGAUUGUUUAUGUUUACUCAAUAUUGUAGAUAUAUUUGUUUGUAGAAGAUGAUGCAAGUUUGGUUUGACCUCUUUUACAGAACCAGUGCAGUAUUCACUUGCCACAGUCAAUCAAAUCCUAAUCUUUAAUCUGACGCUGUAGAUGAAGGUGAAUGGUGAGGAAGAAUUCAAGACUUGACAUGCA